UAUGGGGGACUAGUCGGCAACUAGCUAUAGGUGCUUGGCGACUCCAAGCAGUUGCGCUCUGCCGCUGGCGCGCAUCAGUGCGCUCUAGCCUCUCCGCCCCCUUUUUCAACCCGAAAGAGGGGUCAGCCCAAAGCCAACUUUUCACGUUUUUCAACUUUCAAGACACUUGGAUCCUCGAACGAGCGUGGACGAUACCAUAUUCCAACUAUUCCAAAUACUGUGGAUUCGGUGGCGGAGAAGGCUGUACCUUAAGUUACCUGUUCUAGUUCUUGAACAGCUGCGAGAGACCCAAACAUCUGGACGACGUGUCAUGGAAUGCACCGCGACAGCAGCUGUCGCGGGGUGCGCUUUGUCCGCGGUGUCUUGAUGAACAAGACAAUACAUAACAGAACGUAUAAUCAACAACUGAUACAGAGGUUAGGUUGUUGGUGUUUGAAUGAACGCGUAACAAGUAGGGCUUUUCCUUGAAGAUACUGAAAAAACAUUGGUUUGGUUGCGUUAAAUGAAUUCCGGACCGAUGAGUCCAGAGGAACUGAGUUCUCUGCCGCCGAGGCCACCUGGACACGCGACCGAACUUUUACCUGCUAGUUCGCCCAAAAGACGCUUUGUUAAACUUCGGAGAAAAACGAGUGAAAAUGGAUCACUGCAGUCAGGCUCAUCUGGUUCCUCCACAAGGUCGCACGAGAGCGUGGGAGUGGCCGUCAGACAGCCAAGCCGGAGUCGCAUCCGUCGCCAUACCAACCGCCUGUCAGGUGUCUUCCAGCGUGGCUCCGCCCCUAACUCCGCCCCCAUGUCGCUGGCUAGAGACACCAGGUCCUCUCUUCCUGGCUAUGCCAGAAAGGACAGCUUGACCCCUGUUGACCUAUCUGUCACUGAGGACCCCUCCGAGCUGUCGAAUCAGAUCACGGCUCCGGGCAUCCUCAAGAUCUUUGGCAGUGAGAUCUGUGAGGGAGCCCACUACAAGAGUGUCCUUGCCACCACACACUCCAGCGCCAAAGAGCUGGUCAAAGAGGCCCUGGAGAGGUACGGACUAGGCAAGCAGGAGGCGGAGUCUUAUGUUCUCUGCGACGCCAUUGGCCAUGUGGGUGAACACCAAUGGAGGAUGGAAUGCUUCCGGGUGGUUGGCGACAACGAGAAACCCCUCCUCCUGCAGUCGCUAUGGAAACCCCGAGAGGGUUUGGCACGGCGUUUCGAGAUUCAGCGGAGGAGCACCGUGGAGGAGAAGAGGGCUAGGGAGAAAGACACUGUCACCGCUGGCAUCAACGCCCAGGCCCGGAAGCUCCAGAAGAGCCGCUCGCGGGUCACCUCUUCCCUGAUGGAGAGGGCCCUCGGCCGGGGCCACAGUCUGUGGAGGAGUCUGAGCGAGCUGGACCUCAGUGACCAGACCCCUGCCUCGGCACCGCAGAACCACACUCAGAGCCACGACCCAGAGAAGGAGCUGGAGGAGAACCACCAACAGGAGGGGUGGGAGAGGGAGGAGACGGAGAGCAGUGACGAUAGUGUCACACAGUACUUUAUUCAUCCUCCUCACGACUGCCCCUACCUCCUCCUGCUGCGAGGGUACAGCCUCACACAGGACUUUAUCAUCUACUUGCUCGGCGGGUCGAGCACCGUGAUUGGCCGACACAGUGGGGAUGGCGAGGUGUCAAAGGUCGACGUCCAGCUCUCCGGCCCCGACAUCCAGCCGAGACACUGUUGCUUGCGUCGCCGUGGCAAUGGGAACUCCACCUGGCUCCGCCCCUUCGGCGGCGCUGUGGCGACGAGGAACGGGGAGGCCGUGAGCGAAGAGGCGGAGCUGGGCAGCGGUGAUGUCAUCGGACUGGGGGGGCACUAUUUGUUCCUGUUCAAAGACCCCACAGGCCUGGUUACUACACCCCAGGAUGUCAACUCUGAAACUCCUGAUGGCUCGCUUGCUACCGCCCCCUGGCUGUCGAGCUGCACCCCUACACCCCCUCCAGCAGAGCUGCUCUGCUCCACCUGCUCCUCUUCAGCACCCGGCCCCCAGACACCCAGGGGCCCCCAGGGGCCCCAACACCCCCAGACACCCCAACACCCCCAGGGACCCAGGGGCCCCCAGGGGACCCAACACCUCCAGACACCCAGGGGCCCCCAGGGGCCCCAACACCCCCAGACACCCAGACACCCCCAGAGAAGGGCCCCUCCUUACCUGAAGGACCCCUGGGGCCAGGACCUGACCCUGCACUACAGCACGCAGCACGAGGAGCGUGUCGUCGCGGAGAUCGUCGCCAUGGCGGGUGCUGGCGCGGAGGGCCCUCCGCUGAGCGUGGCGUUCCUGCUGUGCGUGUGCCUGCAGUACUCAGCUUCCCGGCUCCACACCUCAGACCUCCGUCGGCUGCUGUUGCUCACCGCUAGCCAGGUCCAGAACGCCAUGUGGGAACACACCAAGGAGCUGGCCACUGGUCAGUCUGAAGGAAAGGGCUCAGAGCCAGAGGAGCAGCCAGGUCUGGCCAUGGCAGAGCUUCUGUCAGCGCUGCGCCCCCUGGUGGUGUGGAUGUCCAACGCCCUGGAGCUGCUCAACUUCAUUCAGCACCAGCUGCCCCCCCUGCUGGCCUGGAGGAGCCGCAGAGAACAGCAGGAGGUGGGGGAGGAGGAGGAGGAGCUGGAGGAGAACAUGGCCCUGUUAGAAAUGCGUCUGUCGUGCGUGCGGUCGGCCAGUGAGGAAACCAUGACAGUUCUGGAGGAGGUUAUCAUGCUGACCUUCCAGCAGUGUGUCUACUACCUCACCAAGGCCCUGUACCCUAUCUUGCCAGGCCUGCUGGAAUGCAACCCCUUCAAGGGGAGUGGCAAGCAGCCGAUGCCCAGGCAGAGUGAGCCGUCCCUGGGCAGCGGUGGUCUGCCGGUCCCUGGGGAGACGGAGCAGGUCCUGGAGGUUCUGAAGGAGACCAGACGGCUGCUCCAGGACUGUCAGGUCCACCAGGAGAUCUCCUCCCAGCUGCUCGCCUACCUCUUCUACUUCAUCAACGCUUCUCUGUUCAACAAGCUGAUGGAGAGAGGUUCUGAGUCAGGUUUCUACCAGUGGUCAAGAGGGGUGUGUGUCCGGGCCAACCUGGACCUACUGCUGGACUGGGCUCAUGCUUCUGGGGCAGGUCUGGGAGAGCUGGUGUUGGAGCACACACACACUCUCUCCUCCGCUGUCAAUCUGCUGGCCACGCCCAGGGAGAGCCUGGUGCAGGCCUCCUGGACCACCCUGCGAUCCGAGUUCCCCUCCCUGAGUCUGGCCCAGCUGCAUCACCUGCUGGCGGGCUACAGCCCUCCACCAACCUGCCCCCAUGCCUGGACCCCCACCCCACAAGACAGGCCGGAGGCUGACAACACUGCCGGGGUGCUGGAGAGCUUUGACAGCCACCCGCCCCUGCUGCUCCCUGGAGGGGGCUUCAUCCUGGAGCUGGGCCGAGUGGUGGGAGACCCCGCCCUCCGCGAGCAGCUCGACACACUCCGGGCGUUUGUCUGCUCCCUCUCCGGAUCUCACACACCUGGGGAAACGCCACGACAGGGUUCUGCCGCUGCCCCUCUGGAGGCAAAGUUGGUCAAGAUGGCCGCACUCCCCAAGGCCUGUCUGCAGUCUCUGGAAAUUCCUCUGGCUGAGAAGCCCCUUUCCCAGGCCUCCCUCCAGGGGCCUCCCCCCCUUGGAGGCCCCGGCACUGGGCUUGACUCCUGUGAGGACCUCCUUACCCAGAAGCUACGGAGCCUGGAGCUCCAGAGCCAAGAGCUGGAGCCUGGAGGAGGGAGGAGGUCGGGCCUGGACCCCUCCUGCCCAGAGACAGAGCACCCUUACGGGGGGAGAGGGCGAGAGGGUCAGCCCCCCUGGAGCAGCUUCACCAGCGGGAACCACCAGGAAGACGAUGUGUUCGAGGAAGACUUCCUGUCGGCAGACUGCACUGACAGCAUCCUCCUGGGGGAGGAGGUGGAGGAGGAAGAUCAAGAGGUCUUUACUCUGGAGCUGCAGCGAGGAGAGCGAGGUCUUGGCCUGGCUCUUGUGGAUGCCAGGGACACUCCCCUGAGGAUGUCCGGUAUCUUUAUCCGCUCUGUGGUUCCUGACUCCCCUGCAGCCAGGAGCCGCAGGCUGGGUCCCGGUGACCAGAUCCUGGCCGUUAACGGGGUCAGCCUGGUGGGCCUCGACUACCACCGGGGUAAAGAGCUGAUCCAGGGGUCAGGGGAGAGACCGAGGCUGCUGGUGGCCAGGUCUGACUGGACAGCUAAGGCCAUCCAGACCCCCUGCUGACCGGUCCUACAGCACUGCCUCCCCAGCUGCCAACCUCCAGGACAUUAUCCGGGGACAGACACUGUAAACUCACAAGCUAACCUUGAAUAUAAGACUGUCCAUAAGCAUCAAGAAGACAAGAAGAUAGUGUGUAAUUAAUGAGAAAACAACACAUGCUCAUUGGAUUUAUUAAUGUUGAUAUGUGAGGAGAUUAACGGAGGAUAACAGUCACUUGUUUUUACAUGAUGAUGCUCACGGCGCUGCCAGCCUUGACUACGUAGGCCUUGACUCUGAUGCAUUGGCGUUUUUGUCUUUCUCUCUUUGAUGGGCCCCAAGAUCACAGACAUAUUUAUUGAUACCAUUCCAAUGGGGAACUGAAAGACAAUUGACAUGAAUCAGUGUGGUCAAAGAGUGGUAAAAGCAAACAAAAAAGCAAGAGUGGGAUUGAAAAAUUCCAGUGCUUGACUUUGGCUGCAGUAUAUGAUCAACACCAGCCUAGUUAAAGGGCUCUUCAAGGUUUUUAUGGUUAUUCAAAUGAAUAUUAGAAUGUUACAUGCCAGAUAUGAAUAUACAAAUGUGUCUUCAUUUUGAAAUGCUGUGUGUCAACACUGACUUGAGCUGAAAUGCAGCACUGAUCGGAAGACAGACCACAGAACAGUGGAUGCAAUUCCUUACAACAUCACAUUGUUUAUUUGUUACACCUUUCUCGGUGGCACAGGUUCUGUUUGUUAAAAUAACUAGCCUACAUCAUCUU